AUUAAUGGUAUUUGUUCUCUCGCAGGAUAAGUGAUGGAUACGACCAAGGACUUGCUGGAGGGCUUGGUUCGGGUGGUUCUCGGUAUGUGGAACAAAGACGACGACGCGUUGUGGAGGUUCACACCGGCGAGGGACAGAGAUGGGAAGUGCAUACGUUUCCGAGAGGGCGAUGGUGUGAUAGCCGCGAAGCAAAAAGUGAUCAACGACCUAAGCAUCGAUCCAACGGUGGAGAAGGUGGAACUCACGUACGAGAUGCCCGAAUGGAUGGAUGUUGACGGCUCAGUGAAACCGGUUCCGAUCCACAUCGUCACAGACGACGACAUGGAUCUCUUCCUUGCCAUGCGGGUGGAUAUCCAUGACUUGAAGCUCUAUGUGGUACCCAUGGCGCUAAACAUGGCACUCGAGAUCGAUGGUUUUAAGGUGGUACCAAUCAUGGACGAGUACGCGUUUUCACAGGUCAUGAGCAAAGCCGAGAUGGAUAGAGAGAAGCAACGCAGAGCAGACAAAGAGGCAAUAGACAACAUCAUUUGCACUCAGCUACCCCCCGAACACGUAGCGGACAGCGAUGAUGGUGUGCUUGGAUGGGUAGGCCAUACAUACGCAGCAGGAGGGUUUGCUACGUUAGCAUCAGCCUUGAGAUACUACAAAGAAGUCACACAUGCAGAACAUGAAAAGGGCUCGCCAGUUACAGUGUUGAACCCUGAAUGUAGUUCCUCAGCAGAUGCAAACGAUGAUCGCGUAACACGCUUAACGAGAGACCUGUUCACAGAUUUUGAGAAAGCGGCAAGCUCCAACGAUGAAAACACUCAACCGCAAACAGCAGAGACGGGAGCCGAAGUUCAGGCAGCGCCUACCGUUGACAAUGCGCUGAACGGAAACCAAACCACCACAAACCUAGCUGCGAGACCGGUGCCUGGUAUGUUGCGUUUACUGGAGCUACCAGCUCACACUUUCGCGAGAGAUGCGGCUCCGGUGGUUGAUGACACAGACCCCGAAGACUACGAAGGGGAUGAGCUCUUUAUCGGAAGGGUGUUCAAAAAUCGAGACGACUGCAGAGUAAAAAUCGCCGUCCACGCCAUAAACAGGAAGUUUAGUUUCAAGAACGAACGCACGACGAAUGACGUGUUUAUUGUACGUUGCGUCUCGGACACGUGUCCUUGGCGGGUAUAUUGUGUCCGUCUAGACGAAACGGAUUACUUUGAGGUGCGGACAGCUAUGUUAGAGCACAACUGCCCGGUGGAGGUCAGAAGCCAGUACCAACGACAAGCAACGACGUCGGUCAUUUCACAAAUCAUGAAAUCAAAAUAUACCGGCGCCGGGAUGGGACCAACACCAAUUGGUAUCAGGCAGGCGUUGAUGGACGAAUACAGUGUAAACGUCUCCUACUGGAAAGCAUGGCGAGCGAGGGAACUAGCAAUGGAAGCGGCAAAAGGUUCAACCACUGGAAGCUACGGGAUAUUGCCAACGUAUUUGCAUAUGUUAGCCAAGGCAAACGUAGGGACGGUGUACCCAAGAGCAGCUCAUGGGGCGUGCAUUGUGCAUCUACAAAGGAAUGUUGCAACUAAGUUUAAACAGCGGAUGCUUGCUCCUCUGAUAGCAAAGGCCGCUAGAGCGUACAAGAAGUCAACGUUUGCCGAGUACUUUGAAGAAAUCGAGCGAGUGUCGCCGCAGUGUGCGGAGUAUUUAAUGGCGAUCGGAUGGGAGCAUUGGACUAGGUCGCAUUGCUAUGGGGAACGAUACAACAUUAUGACAUCAAACGUGGCAGAGUCACUAAACGCGGUCUUGAAGGAGGCAAGAGAGCUGCCUAUUGUGUCAACACUAGAGUACAUAAGAGGUACCCUCAUGACGUGGUUCGCGAAACGAAGACUCAAAGCCGCUGGACAUACAAUGCCACUUACGCCUAAAGUGGAGGAAAUGAUCCUAAGAAACUAUGAACGCUCAACCUCGUAUGAAGUCAUACGGAUUAAUAGUGCACAAUAUGAGAUCAAGACUACAACUGGGUUAUCUUAUGUCGUGGAUAUCCAACAAAAAAGUUGUACCUGCGAGGAGUUCACAAAGCUAAAGAUCCCAUGCAGCCACGCGAUUGCAGCGGCAAUGCGCUGUGACAUGAGGGUCCCCGACCUAGCAGCCCCAGAAUAUGGAAGUUUUUUUUGGAGUCUUGCUUACAAUGGGAGUAUCCACCCUGUCCCUGACUUGUGCACGCUCCGUGAAGUUCCAGAUAGUAUUGCAAUGAUGACAGUCCUUCCUCCACUUACAAGGAGGCCACCAGGUAGGCCAAAGCGAUCUAGAUAUCUGUCUAGUGGAGAGUAUAAGAGCCAAGAACAAAGCCGGGCCUCGGGGAGUGGGUCAAACUCGACGGGCGGAGAGAUCAACGUUGUGAGGACAGUUGCGGGAGUACAAUGUUUCUGUGGUAAGGAGGCACAAAUCCGUCAAUCAUGGACAGACGCGAAUCCAGGGAGGAGAUUCUACAAAUGCGGGGAUAGAUGGAAAAGUUCCUGUGACUACUUCCGCUGGCGGGAUUUGGAGAAGCCAUACGGUUGGCAAAAAGCUGCACUGUUGGAGGCGAGGGAUUUAAUAAGGUCACAAGCAGAGGAGUUGAAGCAGCUGCGAGAAAUAAAUGACGGGGAGCGCGGCGAGGACAAUGAAGACAGAGGCAGGGAGGCCACUGAUGUAGUGGAGAAGUUAGUUAAGGAGAACGAAAUUCUCCGGGUAACUGUUCAGACACUGCUAGGGCAGUCCCGAGCACGCCGGGAUGUUACUAUUAUUUCCUGCAUAGGUUUCGUAUGUGGCGUGGCCGCCAUCUUCCGUGCGAUGAAGUGAGCGUCUGUAGUAGAGUAAGAAAUAUUCUACAAAAUUAUAUGUAAGGUUUAGAUGUGCUUGUCCAUGUCACUACUAGAAAGUCUAAUUAUGUUUGCUUGAAUACGAAUCCUACUAAGUAAGUUUAAUCUCAAUGUCUGAGAUGUAAUCAAAUCUCAUAGACUCU